AUGAACGCUACACGCAUCCUCCUCCACCGCCAGCCCAUGAUCCGCUUCCUUGGAAAGAGAUCAAUCCCCACCAAGAUUGACCACACUCCUCACGCCCACCCUGCCGCUCCCACUUCUGAGCUCCCCGAGUCUUUCGCUUCCUACAGACAGAAGGCCCAGCAGCACGGUCCCCUGCACCGCCGUACCGCAGCCAGCCAAUACGGCGGCUUCGUUGGCGGCAAGCCCGGAUCCGCCCUCGGCCCCGUCGAGCCCGCAUCCGGCGAGUUCUUUGACCGCAGCGAGCUGCCCGCCCGUUUCGCCAGAACUUCGUGGUCCGCAGCUGAGAUCGAGGCCAUCGAGUCCGGCGGUGCCAGCUUGUUCGCAUAA